CAUUUGACGACGUGUACCCGGUGUGUACAAGUAUUCAGGCAUCUCACCUCUGCUGGGUUACAAGCAGCCAUUUAAACCUAAAAAGCCUUAAAAGAGCAUAACAUGGGAGGUGCGCAGAGUGUGGAGAUACCGGGAGGAGGCUCGGAGGGAUACCACGUCCUCAGGGUUCAAGAGAACUCGCCUGGACACCGUGCCGGACUGGAGCCUUUCUUUGACUUCAUUGUCUCCAUCAACGACACCAGACUGAACAAGGACAAUGAUACCUUGAAAGACCUGCUGAAAGCCAGUGUGGAGAAACCAGUUAAGAUGCUGGUUUACUCGUCCAAGACCCUGGAGCUGCGGGAGUCCACUGUCACCCCCAGCAACCUGUGGGGGGGGCAGGGCUUGCUUGGUGUCUCCAUUCGUUUCUGCAGCUUUGAGGGAGCUAAUGAAAAUGUUUGGCAUGUGCUGGAUGUCGAGCCUAACUCCCCGGCUGCCCUCGCCGGCUUGCGGCCACACACCGACUACAUCAUUGGAGCUGACACUGUUAUGAACGAGUCAGAGGACUUGUUCUCGCUGAUAGAAAGCCACGAGGGAAAAGGCCUGAAGCUCUACGUGUACAACACGGACACCGACAACUGCAGAGAAGUGAUCAUCACACCUAAUAGUGCCUGGGGAGGAGAGGGCAGCCUUGGAUGUGGGAUCGGCUAUGGAUACCUGCACAGGAUUCCAACACGGCCUUUUGAAGAGGGGAAGAAGAUCAGCUUCCCUGGAAACUCUCCCAGUGAGCCCCUCAGUCCACUGAAGGACGGAUUUACUGAGGUGCAGCUCUCAGCAGUCAGCCCCCCUCCUGCAGCCCCUUCUGCCCCCACAGGCCUUGGAGAUUCACUGUCUGGCCUGUCAAUCAGCACAGCCCCGCCCACCAUGCCCCGAGAGCUGCAGACAGGUUUGCCUACAGUGCCUCUGCUCCCCACCUCCACCAGCCCCGCCCUCAGCCCACUCCCUCCACUGAAUCCCGCCGCCACUGGCUUCAACCCCGUCACCGGCUUCAACCCCGCCACCACGCUACCAGGUCUGAUGUCCCUCCCGGCUGGCUUACCUCCGCUCCCCCACUUGCCCAACCUCAACCUGACGCUGCCAGACCUCAGUGCCAUGACACUAGCGGGCACCUUACCGCCAGUAGGAUCUACAGUCCCCUCUCUGGCCUCGCUCCCUCCCUUCAACCUCCCCGGCCUGGCCCCCUUACCCCCUCUCCCCACCAUGCUGCCCUCCACACUCCCUCCUCUCCUGCCCCAGGCGGUGCUCCCCCUCCUGCCCCCCCAUUCCACAGCCUCCGUCACAGUCACGGCCGAGCCGGCCGCCGACCCUGCAGUCCCCACGGAAUCAGCCUCCACGAACACCACGGAAUCACCGCCUCCGACGGAAACAACGCUAACCUCAUAACCUGGGGAAGCAAAAAUCCCGCUUGCCAGCAAACCAAAACACACACACCCGGUUUCUCUCUCUUCCUCCCCCCUCCGUCUGUCUUUCUCUGUAUUUUUCUAUUUAUUUGGCCAAGAGGGAUACACACAGGUCGGCACCCUCCGGGUAUGGGUGAGGAAGCAAUGAAGGAUGAUUGGAAUGAAGAAUGGAGGACGGCUGUGGACCCACAUGUCUUUAUGAGCAAAUCGUCACGGAGCUUGUCCACGUGCCGCAUGAUGAGGACUCUGCAGUUUGCUUAACACAUACAACAAGGACUUCCCCCUUUUCGGAUAUGGCAAGCCUCUCUGUUUCACUCUUGUUUUUUAUAUAUAAACAGUGUAUGUUAAUGGGGCUGGACGAUACAUUUACUGUAUUACUAUCUACAUCAUUAAUCCCUUAUAAAUUAACCUUUCAAACUGGACAAAUGUGGGUCUACCGGAGAAAUAACGCACUGCUGUAUUAAAACAGGUAAACAAUUAAUAUACAUUUUCCGGUCUCAUCAUCCAGCCCUGACUUGUAACCUUUUAUUAGUUCUAGGACCCCUGAACAAUAGAAAGAUUUGAUUGACAUGUAUACAUUUCUGUUGAAAUUGCUGAUCUGUCUCCACCCAAUGAAUGAAUCUGCAUUAUUUUGCACCACCUUGUGUUCUGAAAUGAUUAGUCUGUCCCUUUUUGUAUGUAUAUCCAGAACUCUAUAGUUUCUGUUUUGACCACACCGGGAGGUAACAGCUUGGAGGCCGUGCUAGAGGUGGGGAGACAGAUGUGUACACUUAUAAAGGAUGCUGCAUUAUUUGUGUGUUUGUUGGGUGAUUUGUACGGAGGGAGGGUGGAACAUGGGUGAGGUGUUUAUUUUGCAGUACGUCUCCUCCUGGCAUGGCCGAAGUGAAUGGGUAGGCAGUCGCAGUGAUGCAGUACAACCACAAGGUAUCCCUGUUCCAGCACUUACUGAAAACAUCCACACUGUACAGUGCGAGCAAUAAAGCCAAAUUCAUUUUA